ACAGAUAACAAAGUUAACAAAUAACAUACACGUCGGGUUUGGGUGGAACCUUAACCCGAGCCGUUUACCCAUUUUAACAAGUUAAAGUUCAAAUCGGAAUCGAUUGGAGCCAGAGAUAUUUUGCAGUCAAGAGGACUCUUUUGAAAAGGAGCUCUCUUCCAUUUCCGUUGUAACCAAAAGAAAAAAAGAAAAGGAGCUCUCUUCUUCUCCACCGAGCACAAGAGUGUAGAAGCUAUGGGUGGACAUGAUGACUCAGGUUCGUCUGAGAAGAAAUCAAUUGGGGUUGCCAAUGAUGUCCCAACUUUGAAUGCUGAGAAUAUGCAGAACAACAUGAAAGCUGUCUAUUACUGUCGAACAUUUAUGUGUAUUAUUGGUGGAGUUGUUGCUGGAAUUUUGGGAUUUACUGGGUUGACUGGAUUUAUCUUUUAUUUCCUUGUCAUGGCAAUUACUUCGGUAGGACUCAUAGCAAAGGCGGGGUUUUCCAUCCAUUCAUACUUUGAUUCCUGGAACCAGAUUAUAUUUGAUGGCAUUUUGGGCGGGCUUAUGUCAUUCGUGCUGUUUUGGACGUAUCCUUUUCAUAAUUCAGAAGAUUAUGCAUAGAAUAACUAAGAAAAUUAAGAAAACACAAGUGCAGACAGAGUCUGCAGACCCCAUGUAAGGAUGAUGCCAAUUAUGUUGCCAACGUCAAAACCAUCAAAAUUAUGUGGAUCUUGUGUUCCUAAAUUUCUACAUUUUUCCACAGCCACAUAAAAACACAUUUUGCUAUCUAGAAGGUAGUGAAAUUAGGCCAUAUCAUCUUAUCACUGGAAUAUUCCAAUAUUUAUCGUGUUGAUUGAGGUUGGACCAUUAUUCACCAUUAGUUUUUGACUAUCAAACCCUUGCAUAUAUAUGCAUACCUUUUUUCUGUGGCCAAGGCAUCAACAUGGGUAGUAGUAGUAGUUGCUCUUGGGUGCAAUUAGGUACUGCCAUGGAACUUCUUGGAAUGUGCUCCAUUCAAAGCAUAAGAAAUUUCUUCUAUUUUUUCAAGAGAAUUCCAAUAACAGCAAUUGGUUGCAUCAGGAAUGUAGUUCUUCCUGAAAAUGUGUUUUUUACGAAAUCUUUUGAAGUCUUAAACUGAUUUGAGUUUGCACUUUCCUACAAAUGAUCAUACUAUUAUUGCCACUUUCCUUGACUUGAAAAGAUUUGCUUACGACUUCGUGCACAUAUUCUGAGGGGAUGUCUGCUGCAUCGUGCGUGGAAUAGAGGAGAUGAUGCUGUCACCGCUAGCUGCUGUGAUGGAUUCGACAAACUGAAAUGCUGUGGUGUUGCUAAAAGAUGGGGAGACAUUUUUCAGAUUUGGACAUCGUGUAUUCAAGUUAAACCAUUUAAGUUUUCUCCCCUUUUUUGUAUUUGUUUUAUUAUAGUGAUUGUUUGGCUGGAGAAAAAUGAUAAAAAAAUUUAUAUGUGAACUUGGGAAAUCCAACCCCCUGCAAAAUCUCAGUUAAGCUUGUUAGCUGUUUUGGGUUUUAUUGGUGAUGAAAGCCGGGCCUAAAAUAUGGAUUUAUUUUUUCUUUUA